CGAGACCGAUCCACACUCACUCUGUUUACAAGUCAAACCCCCUCUCUCUCUCUCUCUCUCUCUCUCUCUCUCACUCCAUUAGCGGAACAUAAACAAAAACAAAAAAUGCAUUGAGAAACGCACCAAAUCCAAAACCCUCAAGAGACCCAGAGAAAUUGGAGAUCAAUAAUACAGUAGAGAAUAUGGAGAAACCCAAGAAGCAAGAAAAGCAUAAGCCGGCGAUCCGAGUAGGCGGUGGUGGUGGUGGUGGUGUUGUUGGAGGAGUUGUUUUGUGGGGUGGAGUAGUGGCGGCUGCAACAUUCUUAUCGGUUUCAGCAAUCAGAUUGAGGAAAAGACCCACAAACAAAAGCCACAAUCCACCACCACCACCAAAACUAACAAGUUCAUCACAGUCUGAAGCUGAACCCAUUGCUGAUCUACCAGACAAGUUGGAAUUGAAGAAGAAGAAGGAGAACAAUGAUGAUGAUCAAGGAAAAGGCCUUCAUGUUCUUCUUCAAGAUUAUUCUCCACCUAUAGAUUACCAUCCAAGUACUGACGGAACAACAGAAACGCCUGUUACCCAGAUUGAUUCCACAUCGUCAGACUUCACAAAAACUUCCAUCUUGGAUGACAACUCAGUGCGUGAUAUCAGUGGCCCAACCAAGAGCCCCACCUAUUUGGAAAUUCUUUUAUCUGAUAAUUCAAAGCCAAAAAACAGUCUCUUGAUCACUGAUUAUGGUGUCAAUGUCAAUGUGAAAGAGUACUCAUUGCCAGUGUUGGACGGACCUUCACUUCUCAAAUCCAGAAACAUGAACAAAAAUGAGCAUAUAGGGGACACAGUGGACGUAGAAGAAGACAACCUGCCAAUGGAAUUGAUUGAGAAAGGGGGAGGAGGAGAAGUGGAAGAACAUGACGAUGUAGAAAAUACUAUAGAGAUUGGUGAAGUAGUAGUUAUGGAAGGUGACUCGAUAGUCUCUGAAGUUAUAUGGGAGGACAAGGCAGUUGAGGCACCUCAUGUGGGUCAGAUUGAGGAAGUGGACAAUAGACAUACCCAAUUGAUUGAAACUGUUAUUGAGAAAGGUGAAGAAACAAUUGAAACAGCUGAGAAGGAUCAGUUUGAAGUCGAAGUUGAUCAAGAAGCAAUCAAAGUUACGAAAGAGGAGGCGGCAAAUGAGGCAACUGAUGCAGUUCAUAUUGAAGAAGAGUGCAACCCAAAGAUGCAAUUGAUUGAAGAAGAACAAGAAAAUGAUGAUGGAGGAAUUGCUGUAGAAAAAGAUGAAGCAAUUGAGACAGUGGUUCCGACAAAUCAGGUUGCAGUUGAUCAAGAUGAGCUACAAGUGACAGUACUGAGCGAAGAUGAGGAUGAGGAUGAGGAUGAGGAUGAGGAUGAAGAUGAUGAUGAAAUGGAUGUUGAUGAGGAUGAGGACGAGGAAGAAAUUGUAGAGAAAGGUGAAGAGAGCUCAGACGGAACAGGAGACUCAUCCAUGGAAUCCAAUGCUGAGGCAAUAUGGCCGGCAGAGUCAAUACAGGAAUUAUCACUUGAAUUCAAAGAAUUGAAGAUCAUUAGCAAGACAUUAGCUGACAAGAUUGACGAAGCAGAAGACCAUGGUUGCUACAGCAACAGUAUCGCAGAUGAGGGUAAUAUUUAUGUCAAUGGCCACCAUAAGAAUGAAGAAACAGGAAAAUCAAUCGUGACAGCAAGCAAGGGGAGUAUAAAGGAACUUCUGGCGCGUAUUAAACUAUCGACAGGCGCAUCAAACACAAGAAUUUGGAUAUCUGUGCUGUUGGUGCUGCUGCUGUUGGUAAUGCCACUGCUACUUUCACCUGCCAAUAUUCUGAAGCUUUGUCUCAUAAUCUUCUUAGUUGUGAUUCUGUCCCAAGUUUGAAAAACUACCAUAACUUUAGUUGAAGUGUUCAGAAUAAAGAGAUGGUAAUAAUUUCAAAUGUUUCUACUUUCCAUGCUGGUAUCAUAAAUUGCUUAGUAUCGGCUCAUA